AAUUUACUUCUCUGAUUCUUUUGCUGGUAAAUAUUAAAUGAUUCACCCAAUUAGAAGACAAAACUCAGUCAAGAAAGGCGCUGGUGCUUGGUAUGCAUAAAUAAAGAUGUGAAGCUUGUCACUAAUGCAAGUUGAACCAUGAGCUUCUUUUCCAAUUUCAUCAUGGAGCAGCACCAAUUCCUUUCCUUUCCAGUAUUGUUCACCUCCCUCAUCUUCAUCUUUAUGGUGCUGAAAAUAUGGAGAGGUUCAAAAACGAAUCACUCCCCUCCAAAUCUACCCCCAGGACCAAGCAAGCUACCUAUUAUUGGAAACAUGCAUCAGCUUGUUGGCCCUCCACCUCAUCAUCGCCUAAGAGACUUGGCCAAGGAAUAUGGAAGUAUUAUGCAUCUUCAGCUUGGUGAAGUUUCCAAUAUAGUCAUUUCAUCACCAGAAGCUGCAAAAGAAGUGAUGAAGACUCAUGAUGUUGUGUUUGCUCAGAGGCCUUUUCUCUUAGCUGCUAGUAUUAUAACUUACAACUUCACAGAUAUUGCAUUUUCACCAUAUGCAGAUUACUGGAGACAGCUGCGAAAAAUUUGCAUAUUGGAAUUGCUAAGUGCAAAGCGUGUGCAAUCAUACAGAUCAAUUAGGGAAGAGGAGGUAUCAAAUUUGAUCGGUACAAUUUCUUCUUCUCCAGGGCAGCCGUUCAACUUUAGCAGGAAGCUUUUUUCUUUAACUUAUGGUAUCGCUGCUCGGGCUACCUUUGGUGAGAAAUGCAAAGACCAAGAGGAAUUCAUACCACUUGUUGAGGAAAUUACAGAGGUAGCUGGAGGAUUCAGUCUAGCAGAUUUGUUCCCUUCCAUUAAAUUGCUCCAUGUGAUUAGUGGGAUGAGGUCUAGACUUGUGAGGCUGCAGCGAGAAGCAGACAGGAUAAUUGAAAACAUCAUUAAUGAUCACAGAGCUAGGAACAAAACAGCAAAGACCAGCAGCGGGGGUGAAGAAGAUGACCUUGUUGAUGUUCUUUUGAGGCUUCAGGAGCAUGGAAACCUUGAAUUUCCAUUGACAACUGACAACAUCAAAGCAGUCAUCCUGGACAUUUUCAUUGCUGGCAGUGAGACAUCAUCAACAACAGUAGAGUGGGCAAUGUCCGAAAUGCUGAAGAAUCCAAGGGUGAUGGAGAAGGCACAAGACGAGGUGAGGAGAGUAUUUGAUAAAAAAGGAAAUGUGGAUGAAACAGACAUUCAUGACCUGAAAUAUUUGAAGUUAGUUAUCAAAGAAACUUUGCGAUUACACCCUCCUGCUCCAUUGCUACUUCCAAGAGAAGGUAGGGAGAGAUGUGAGAUUUACGGGUACGAGAUACCAGCCAAAUCCAAAGUUAUUGUUAAUGCUUGGGCAAUUAACAGGGAUCCAAAUCACUGGACUGAAGCUGACAAAUUCUAUCCAGAAAGAUUUCUUGAUAGUUCAAUUGAUUACAAGGGGAACAAUUUUGAAUUUAUUCCGUUUGGUGCUGGAAGGAGGAUGUGUCCUGGCGUAUUGUUUGGCAUAGCUAAUGUUGAGCUUCCACUUGCACAGUUUCUUUAUCAUUUUGAUUGGAAACUUGCAAGUGGAUUGAAGGCAGAAACUCUAGAUAUGAUCGAGUCUUUUGGCGCUACAGUUAGAAGGAAAAAUGAUCUGCACUUGAUUCCCGUUCUGUACACGCCACCUCAGCCGCCUGUUGAAUUAAGUCACUGUAGUAUUCAGAUGUUUAUCACCUUUUAUACUUGUAUUGCAGCUACGUACAACACUUGUGUUCAGCAGUGUAAGAAUCUUACAAAAUAAACCUGCUUUUGUGUACUCAUGGGAAAGAAGAUAAAAAAAAUUGUAAGCGAGUUAAAAUUAGGGCAAAUCCUUUAGACAUCCAA